AUGUGCUUCCUGGCCAGAGACCUGGUUGUCGAGAGCAGCUUCAACCCACUGGAUAUCUCCCACUUACUGCAAGAUUUCAUCAAGCAGUUUGGCGGCACAAAAGUGGAGGUAAGGCGUCUGCAAAGGUAGGAGAGAAGCAGAUUCUCUGCUUGGUGUAGGGGAGGCCACCUCAUGCCAUUGGGUGGCCAGGACACAUGUUAGUUGAGAGGGGCCUGGCAAUGUCAGGACAAGAACCUCAGCCAAGGGUCCUGAGAAACAUGGCUUCAGGAAUGGGGAAUUCUCCUCCUUCUGGCGCCCUGGAGCUGCCUGGGUCCAAUACUCCCCAGGACCCUGAGUGGUACCUUGGAAGGAAGAGGCUGUGGUGGCACAGGUCAAGGGUCCCUCUUUCAAUGAGGGAUGGAGGGAUCCGCCUGCAGACAGCCCCGCUUCCUUGUACUCUCCAAGCAACUCUCUCCUUUUCUCUGACAGGUGAAGGUGCUGCUGGAGGCCUUCUGUAAGAUCAGCCAGGGGCCUACAGCGGAAGGCAGAAGUAUGGCCGUCUUCUCGUUGUCCAUCUUGUCGCACCACCACCUGGCGAAAGUGGUGCAAUAUCUCCUCCAGUUUCUCUUCGGGUAUGGAGCCCUCCAGGUUGUACUGGGCUAAGGGGAAGGUUGGCAAGCUGCAGGGCUUGCUCAGAAAGCCCUUGCUGCCAUUUCCUCUCUCUGGAGCAUGGCAGCAAGCAGAAGACUUGAAUCUGACCAUUGCUUUUGUUUUUGCAUUCACAGAGACUUUGAGAGAGUUUGGAAGGAGGUUUUAGCAUCGGCCGAUCCAGAAAAGCUAAUCCAUCUCAUGGCCAAGCAGAUUUACCAAAGCCCCUUGGUGGAAUCUGCCACCAAAGUGGUAAGGACCAACCACCUGCUUUCUGGCUUCCUUCUUCCCAGGGUAAUAUCGAGGGGUUCCUGUAUUCUGCAGAAAAGCAGAGAAAGUGACUUGCACCCCUCUCUCUUCCAGCAACAUCUCACCAGCCUGUUACACGCCAUCCUCAGGAUGGAGGACUACAAGGCAGCUGUGCGCCACAACUUCCCACAGCUGCUGAUCGCUCUCCUGGGGAUGGUUAUCAACUUCCACUAUGAUCAGGAAUUCCUCGGGUGAGUAGUGUGAUGCAAAGGGACCAAUGAAGUCCUUUCCCCUUCAACCUCGGGGGGUUUCCAGUCCAGCUUGGUUUUCCAAGGGAGGCUCUCCUUCAGGCGGCUGCUAGGGAGGAAGGACGGGGAAAGAAUUUGAGUGUGUGCCAAUGACCCUCCUGGUAAAACUGGUCUUGCUUUGGUUCCAGAGGGGCUAAGGAAGUUCUGCACCUCCUUCUUGGCACCACUGGAGAGCAAGUGGAGGCGGCCAUCGUUGACCAACUUUUCUGCCGGGAGACUUUCAGCCAGGGGUUGUCUGCCAUGGUGAGGUAAGAGGAAGAACGCGGUGACCUUCCCCAGUGGUCUGGCAAACGGAGCUGAAGGCACGGGAUCGGACUGUGCCCCUGUUUGCUUCCUGCAGUGUCUUUCCCUUCCUUACCAAGAUCUGCUUCUCCAUUUCAGAGCUGUCGGAAAGCGACGCUGGUGGAUCCCUCCCAUGGUGGAAAGCAUCAUCGCUGCUCUCGGGGACCAGGAUUUUGCCGGGAUGCCACAAGUCGCGGCAGCUAUCUACAUCGAGGUGAGGGGGACUGACGCGGGAGGAAAUGGGUGCAGCAAGGAGGUCCUGGCUUGGUUUCUGCCGAGUGUUGGGCUACUUUGAGCCUAAGGACUGUUGCCUGUUUUAGUAACAAUUAUUCACGAACAGUUCAGGAACCGGAGUAGACCCAUUGGAUUUGAUGUACAUGGCAAACUUUGGUCCAUUCACUUCAGUGGGUUUGCUCUGUGCAGAAUUGCAAAUGGUGGAUAAAAGGAGAACCUGCCUCAGCCUCUCAUCACUGAAGGGUUUCUUUCUCUUUGGGGCUCUUUAGCUGCUCAGCUGCCGUCUGGAGGUCUAUCCCUGUGAAGAUACGCUGGAGCGGCUCCUCAACUGGCUGGAACACGACUACCUGCAAGUCCGGAAGCUCAGCGUCAGAGGGAUAUCCCUGCUUCUGGACUCUGACAUGGCAAGUGAUGCUCAGAGGGAGGGAGGGGGGGUACAGAUCUCGAUUCUAAUCAUGGCCCAGCACUCUUUUGCUGGCACAAUACUGAAGGGCCUGUGCUAAAGGCAUGAGGCCUUUCAGACCUUUGAAAAGAUUCUCUCUUUUGUGUAGGACCCUUCGCUUCUGCGGCUCUUGCUGCUGGAUUCCCUCUCUUAUGUAGAAGCUGAUGUCCUCCCAGAAUUGAUAGAGCUGGUAGACCAAGCCUACCAUUCCAGGGAGCUGGAAGAGGAAGACCUGAAUAUGCUGGCAGAAACCUACUGCGGCCUGGCUGCCCAUGUGAGUAUGAGGGGAAACAUGACAUCACACCCGGUGGUGGAGGAAUGCUUUGGAAGAGGAAGGGUGGGGUUUAGACUGGCAUGCAGCGGAGAUGUUCUGGCUUCAGGAGGCUGUUCCUCUGGAAAGUGAUCUGAUGAGAAACACAACCUCUGAUAUUUUCUGCCUAUAGGAGGAAGCCUCCGUCCGGGCAUCAGCCAUCGAACAUCUGGGGCUGCUUCGGGGCUGGGUGAGAGACCAAAGACUUCCCAUUACAACAACAGAAGAGGAAGCCAUUCACAAACUGCUUGUGGUCCUCAUUCACCUCGAAGAUGAGGACGAAGUGGCCAAGGUGAGGGCCAAAGAGGUGGACUUAUGCAGUAGGAGGGAGGGAUUGUUCUCAGGAGCUUCCGAGACUAUGUACUGCAAUUUGUAACCCUCUUCUCUUCUUGUGUUGCAGGCCGCAAGGAGGGCUCUUUCCCAUCUAGCCCCAGAAGUCAAGUGGUGGGCUCGUUCCAACAAAUUUAGCCUCCACUUUGCUCUCCACCAGGCUGCCAAGCAUAUGGUAAGGUCCCUGCUCUCAAGACCCGGAGAGCAGGCAGAGGGCAGCAAAGGCUCUCUGCCAUCUUCUGCCCAUCCUGCGGCACAACGAAGGUAAGACUGGAAGAAUGCAUCCCAGCAUGGGGUGGGGGUGAGCAAGACCCAAACUAACCCUUUGGCUUUCCUUUGCAGAGACACUGGCAGGAACGUUAAGGAACCAAAUACUUAUCACCAGAGCUGAGAAGGUCCUCAAAUCCACCGGAGGACCGGUUCCUGAACUGUUCGUGAAUAAUUGUUACUCUCUUGCCAGGGUAAGUCGCUGUCUCUCAAGCCACAUGUUCUGGGUUCUGCAGAGGCAGCACCUGGGCUUUCUGCUCCCCAGCCCUGCCCUGUGGGCAUCUCUGACCUUCCUCUCUCGCUUCGGGUCUUUGGCGCCUUUCUCCCUGCGGAGCAGCUCUUGGAGGCCAUGUGCUUCCUGGCCAGAGACCUGGUUGUCGAGAGCAGCUUCAACCCACUGGAUAUCUCCCACUUACUGCAAGAUUUCAUCAAGCAGUUUGGCGGCACAAAAGUGGAGGUAAGGCGUCUGCAAAGGUAGGAGAGAAGCAGAUUCUCUGCUUGGUGUAGGGGAGGCCACCUCAUGCCAUUGGGUGGCCAGGACACAUGUUAGUUGAGAGGGGCCUGGCAAUGUCAGGACAAGAACCUCAGCCAAGGGUCCUGAGAAACAUGGCUUCAGGAAUGGGGAAUUCUCCUCCUUCUGGCGCCCUGGAGCUGCCUGGGUCCAAUACUCCCCAGGACCCUGAGUGGUACCUUGGAAGGAAGAGGCUGUGGUGGCACAGGUCAAGGGUCCCUCUUUCAAUGAGGGAUGGAGGGAUCCGCCUGCAGACAGCCCCGCUUCCUUGUACUCUCCAAGCAACUCUCUCCUUUUCUCUGACAGGUGAAGGUGCUGCUGGAGGCCUUCUGUAAGAUCAGCCAGGGGCCUACAGCGGAAGGCAGAAGUAUGGCCGUCUUCUCGUUGUCCAUCUUGUCGCACCACCACCUGGCGAAAGUGGUGCAAUAUCUCCUCCAGUUUCUCUUCGGGUAUGGAGCCCUCCAGGUUGUACUGGGCUAAGGGGAAGGUUGGCAAGCUGCAGGGCUUGCUCAGAAAGCCCUUGCUGCCAUUUCCUCUCUCUGGAGCAUGGCAGCAAGCAGAAGACUUGAAUCUGACCAUUGCUUUUGUUUUUGCAUUCACAGAGACUUUGAGAGAGUUUGGAAGGAGGUUUUAGCAUCGGCCGAUCCAGAAAAGCUAAUCCAUCUCAUGGCCAAGCAGAUUUACCAAAGCCCCUUGGUGGAAUCUGCCACCAAAGUGGUAAGGACCAACCACCUGCUUUCUGGCUUCCUUCUUCCCAGGGUAAUAUCGAGGGGUUCCUGUAUUCUGCAGAAAAGCAGAGAAAGUGACUUGCACCCCUCUCUCUUCCAGCAACAUCUCACCAGCCUGUUACACGCCAUCCUCAGGAUGGAGGACUACAAGGCAGCUGUGCGCCACAACUUCCCACAGCUGCUGAUCGCUCUCCUGGGGAUGGUUAUCAACUUCCACUAUGAUCAGGAAUUCCUCGGGUGAGUAGUGUGAUGCAAAGGGACCAAUGAAGUCCUUUCCCCUUCAACCUCGGGGGGUUUCCAGUCCAGCUUGGUUUUCCAAGGGAGGCUCUCCUUCAGGCGGCUGCUAGGGAGGAAGGACGGGGAAAGAAUUUGAGUGUGUGCCAAUGACCCUCCUGGUAAAACUGGUCUUGCUUUGGUUCCAGAGGGGCUAAGGAAGUUCUGCACCUCCUUCUUGGCACCACUGGAGAGCAAGUGGAGGCGGCCAUCGUUGACCAACUUUUCUGCCGGGAGACUUUCAGCCAGGGGUUGUCUGCCAUGGUGAGGUAAGAGGAAGAACGCGGUGACCUUCCCCAGUGGUCUGGCAAACGGAGCUGAAGGCACGGGAUCGGACUGUGCCCCUGUUUGCUUCCUGCAGUGUCUUUCCCUUCCUUACCAAGAUCUGCUUCUCCAUUUCAGAGCUGUCGGAAAGCGACGCUGGUGGAUCCCUCCCAUGGUGGAAAGCAUCAUCGCUGCUCUCGGGGACCAGGAUUUUGCCGGGAUGCCACAAGUCGCGGCAGCUAUCUACAUCGAGGUGAGGGGGACUGACGCGGGAGGAAAUGGGUGCAGCAAGGAGGUCCUGGCUUGGUUUCUGCCGAGUGUUGGGCUACUUUGAGCCUAAGGACUGUUGCCUGUUUUAGUGCUCCUCAGAGUAGACCCAUUGGAUUUGAUGUACAUGGCAAACUUUGGUCCAUUCACUUCAGUGGGUUUGCUCUGUGCAGAAUUGCAAAUGGUGGGUAAAAGGAGAACCUGCCUCAGCCUCUCAUCACUGAAGGGUUUCUUUCUCUUUGGGGCUCUUUAGCUGCUCAGCUGCCGUCUGGAGGUCUAUCCCUGUGAAGAUACGCUGGAGCGGCUCCUCAACUGGCUGGAACACGACUACCUGCAAGUCCGGAAGCUCAGCGUCAGAGGGAUAUCCCUGCUUCUGGACUCUGACAUGGCAAGUGAUGCUCAGAGGGAGGGAGGGGGGGUACAGAUCUCGAUUCUAAUCAUGGCCCAGCACUCUUUUGCUGGCACAAUACUGAAGGGCCUGUGCUAAAGGCAUGAGGCCUUUCAGACCUUUGAAAAGAUUCUCUCUUUUGUGUAGGACCCUUCGCUUCUGCGGCUCUUGCUGCUGGAUUCCCUCUCUUAUGUAGAAGCUGAUGUCCUCCCAGAAUUGAUAGAGCUGGUAGACCAAGCCUACCAUUCCAGGGAGCUGGAAGAGGAAGACCUGAAUAUGCUGGCAGAAACCUACUGCGGCCUGGCUGCCCAUGUGAGUAUGAGGGGAAACAUGACAUCACACCCGGUGGUGGAGGAAUGCUUUGGAAGAGGAAGGGUGGGGUUUAGACUGGCAUGCAGCGGAGAUGUUCUGGCUUCAGGAGGGUGUUCCUCUGGAAAGUGAUCUGAUGAGAAACACAACCUCUGAUAUUUUCUGCCUAUAGGAGGAAGCCUCCGUCCGGGCAUCAGCCAUCGAACAUCUGGGGCUGCUUCGGGGCUGGGUGAGAGACCAAAGACUUCCCAUUACAACAACAGAAGAGGAAGCCAUUCACAAACUGCUUGUGGUCCUCAUUCACCUCGAAGAUGAGGACGAAGUGGCCAAGGUGAGGGCCAAAGAGGUGGACUUAUGCAGUAGGAGGGAGGGAUUGUUCUCAGGAGCUUCCGAGACUAUGUACUGCAAUUUGUAACCCUCUUCUCUUCUUGUGUUGCAGGCCGCAAGGAGGGCUCUUUCCCAUCUAGCCCCAGAAGUCAAGUGGUGGGCUCGUUCCAACAAAUUUAGCCUCCACUUUGCUCUCCACCAGGCUGCCAAGCAUAUGGUAAGGUCCCUCUGCUUUGUUGGCAGCUUUGCCCAGGCAUGUCUUUGGGACUGCAAGGCUCUUCUGCUGCGCUCUCAAGCCUCUCUGAUGCCACUUCUCCUUUGUCUUUGCCCACAGAGCAAGACCUUCAGCAAGGACAUCCUUCGGACUGCUGCCUUAUCAUGUACGAAGCCGUCUGCCAACAGGCUGCCAGCAGUCUCCAGGGUGGCAGCUCUGCUUCUGGGUAAGUCAAGCAACGUUCUUCCCUGGUAG